AAACAAAUGACUUGCUUUGAUCUCUAUUGACUGACUGGUCUUAUAAUAAUGAACGCAGAAACUGUAUGAUCUUCACCCAAUACCAGCCUGAUCCAAUAACCUCUAUCAUUUGUUCUAUUUCCAACAUUUGAUCUCCAGCUAAAAUGUCUUGUGUACGAUUCGAACCCACAGCAGAGGCUACUGCAGUUAAUGGAUUUAACAAGACUGAAGAGAAAAUAGAAAUUGAUGAUGGAAAACAUGAACCCGAAGAGGAGGAAACGUGGAGCUUCAAACUGAAAAAAUGUCUCUCUCCACUAGUGAUGUCUUUUGGAUUCAGGGUAUUUGGUGUUUUACUCAUUAUUGUGGACUUUAUCUUCGUAAUUGUGGAUCUGUCUGUCACAAACAAAAGCGACGAGACCAUCGCCAUCAUAAGUGGAAUUUCUUUAACCAUAUCUUUGUUCUUCCUCGUUGACGUCCUUCUACAUAUCUUCGUUGAAGGAUUUCAACGGUAUUUUAGUUCUAAGUUAAAUAUUUUUGAUGCUGCUAUCGUGGUGAUAACCCUGAUCAUUACUGUAAUAUACACCUUCACAGACUUCAGCGGGGCAACAAAUAUUCCAAGGCUAGUUAACUUUUUCCGAGCUUUAAGAAUUGUCAUCUUGGUUAGAAUCUUCCGACUGGCUUCCCAGAAGAAACAGCUUGAAAAAGUCACUAGGAGGAUGGUUUCGGAAAACAAAAGGCGUUACCAGAAGGAUGGGUUUGACCUGGAUCUUACCUAUGUAACUGAUCGGAUAAUUGCGAUGUCAUUCCCAUCAUCUGGAAAGCAGUCCUUUUACAGGAAUCCAAUAAAGGAGGUGGCCAGAUUUUUGGACUUGAAGCAUAAAGAUCAUUACAAAAUCUACAAUUUAUGCAGUGAGAAAGGAUAUGAUCCCAAAUUUUUCCAUUAUCGGGUGGAAAGGGUGUUUAUAGAUGAUCAUAAUGUCCCGGCAUUAGCAGAUAUGUUGGCCUUCACCGCAAAUGUACGAGCAUGGAUGGCACUAGAUCCUAAAAACGUUAUAGCAAUUCACUGUAAAGGGGGAAAAGGUCGAACAGGAACUAUGGUUUGUACAUACCUCGUUGACUGUGACCAAUUUGAGAGUGCGAAGGAAAGUCUGGAUUAUUUUGGAGAACGUAGGACUGAUACAUCUGUUAGCACCAAGUUCCAGGGUGUGGAAACACCAUCUCAGAGCAGGUAUGUCACCUACUAUGAAAUAAUCAAGAACAAAUACCAGCUGCAGCUUCCCCCAGAGAAAAAACUCAAGAUUCGAAGCAUCAGAAUCCACUCAAUUGGUGGUGUAGGAAAAAGCAAUGGAAGUGACUUGAAAGUUCAGAUAGUAUCAAAGCAAACAGUGGUUUUCAAGUGUGUUUGUGAAACUCAGGAAUACUGUAAGUUGUUCUUUGAUGCUGGGAGCAAUUCAACAGUAAUCAGUCUUGAAGAAAGUCCGAUAAUUUCAGGGGAUAUCAAAAUAAGAUUUGAGUCCAGCACUGGCCUCCCGAAAGGCUAUGAUGACUGCCCAUUCUACUUUUGGUUCAAUACAUCGUUUAUAGAGAAUAACAGGCUGCAUCUUUCCAAGAAUGAACUGGACAAUCCCCACAAAGAAAAAUCGGGAAAGAUCUUUAAGGACGACUUUGCGGUGGAGUUAAACUUCGACUCUUCAUGAAUUGAUUGUCGUCUGCUUACAUUCAGAAUAUGUCUGUACAUUAGUCCACCUUGGAAUGUACUGUAUUCAAUCCACAUUCAAAUUUGAUCAAAAAUUUACCAAAUUCAAGCUUGGAAGAUACUCUUGAGGCAUUGGACUAAGAACUCUCUUCCCAAGUCAAGAAAGGGACAGUGUGAAUUGUUCUGUUUACUCUUUGGUGUAUGCGCCCAAAACAGCAAUUACCCAUAUUUUGAUAAAAAAAAUCACCCGUUUUGUGAACUUUGCCCGUUCUUGGCAGCUCCAUUCAUGUUUGUAAUCAGAUGUGACCCUAUUUGCCUGUCACACCUCACUCUGUUACACCCGAGGGAAAGCCUUGAGUAAAGGGAAUUGGACAGUUCCAAGGUCUGUAUAUCAAUCAGUUACAGUGUAUUUAAAAACCGGUCUCCACAAGAACCCUUGAGAACCAAUCUCUCUUUCUCUCAAAAACAAAAAAGAAAAAAUGUUGA